GUUUUUACUACUCCGCCCCAAUUUCACAUUCCAACAUUCAAUGAUCGCCGGCGCGUUUAUCGAUAUAGGAUUCGUUUCUUAACCUUUUUGGAGAUUAUGGCACAAUGGGUCGGAUCCUGACCCACACACCAGCCCACCAGAAAAGAAAAAAAAUAAAAUCCAGUAAAGGAAUAAGAAAAACCCUAUAAAAGCUCUCCACCCAUAAAAAACGCAGACAUUGAACAACACAAGAAUUAGUGUCGGUAGCCUCUUGGCUUCUAUGCCCUCUGUCAAAUAAAUAAUACUCCAAAUAAAUAAUCCCAUUUAUUCCAAAAGCUUUUGGACUUUUGGAGAUUGCUUUCAGCUCCAAUAUCGAAGUACUGAAGUGAUCUUCGCUUUGAUUGUAAGGAUUAAUGUGUGGUAAACUAAGGAUAUGGCUGCACAUAUUGGUGUUUAUGCUGAUUUUGUUAAGAACGGAAAGCCUUUUGGUGAAUAUUACUUACCUUCGGAGUGCUGUGGCUAAAGGAGCCGUUUGUUUGGAUGGGAGCCCACCUGCAUACCAUCUUGAUAGGGGCUAUGGAGAAGGAAUUAACAAUUGGUUGGUCCAAUUUGAGGGAGGGGGCUGGUGUAAUAAUGUGACUACUUGCUUUGCACGUAAGAACACCCGUUUGGGUUCCUCCAAUAGAAUGGUUAACCAGCUGGCUUUCUCCGGAAUCUUGAGUAACAGAGAACGGUUUAAUCCCUAUUUCUACAAUUGGACCCGAGUCAAGAUCCGGUACUGUGAUGGUGGGUCGUUUACCGGUGAUGUGGAAGCAGUAAAUCCUAGGACGAAACUUCACUAUCGAGGAGCAAGGAUAUUAAACGCUGUCAUGGAGGACUUGUUAGCAAGAGGAAUGAACUUAGCUGAAAACGCUAUUCUAUCUGGAUGCUCAGCUGGUGGAUUAACAACAAUUCUUCAUUGUGAUAACUUGAAGAAAUUGUUUCCUAGGACCACCAAUGUAAAAUGCCUUUCGGAUGCCGGUUUUUUCAUUGAUACGAAGGAUGUUUCUGGAGUACCCUAUAUCGAGACCUACUUUCACGAUAUAGUUACAACUCAUGGGUCAGCAAAGCAUUUGCCCUCACAAUGCACCUCACAGAUGAGAUCAAGUCUGUGCCUAUUUCCACAAAAUGUGGCGAAAUAUAUUCAAACGCCCCUUUUCAUUUUAAACGCGGCCUAUGACUCAUGGCAGAUAAAGAAUAUUUUAGCUCCCUUUCCAGCUGACCCUCACGGGCUCUGGCUCAGCUGCAAAAUGGAUAUUGCAAACUGUUCUGCCAGUCAACUCAAAACCAUGCAAGGGUUCAGAUUGAAGUUUUUGAAAGCACUGCAUCAAAUAGGAACCUCAACCUCAAGAGGAUAUUUUAUAAACUCUUGCUAUGCACACUGCCAAACUGAAAUGAAAGAGACUUGGUUUUCUAGCGAUUCUCCCAGAUUAAAUAACAAGACAAUUGCUGAAGCUGUUGGAGAAUGGUUUUACGACAAAAGCACAUUUCAGAAGGGAGAUUGCGUUUUUCCUUGUGACAAAACUUGUCACAAUCAAGUUUUUGAGCCAUACGAAUUGGAUAAAUGGUAGAGUUAUCAUAGCAUAUGCUAAUCAUACAUAGAUAAAGUAUACAAAUAUAUUGCACAAAAUGAUUUAAAUAUAAGAAUAAGAAGGGGGUAUAAGUGACAAUCUCAAAUCAUCAUAGUGUAAUGAACAAAAUUCAUUGAUUUGGUGAACUCAUCAUUCAUUGUACAUUAUAUUGAGAAUUCUAUACCUUACAUGAUGCCAUCCCCUUCAUUUAAGAUUGUCAUGUUUUAAUGCAUUUUUUUUAAUAGUAAUUAUAUUUGCUGCCUCCAGUCAGG